AUGCGCACAAAGCCGAAGAAUAAAAAGGCACAAAAUGCAUUUUCGUCAUCUAUAGGUACGGUACUUGCAGGUGAAAGGCAAUUGGUGUCUGAAGAACGCCAUUGCUUUGCAAUUGUCGCAACAGGACGUUUCUUACAGGAAUUCGAUCCUGAUUGUAAGUGA